UCAGUGGCAUUAUCGUUUCUUGAAGUGUUCUGGCUUUCGUCACCGUUCUAUCCGCCAGAACAACUUAACCUCGGCAGAAAUAUGUUUCCACCGAAAGAUAUUGCCAAGACGGAUUACAUUAGCUUAAAUAUUCAGGAAGGUGCAACUUUUACACGUGGAACGUCCCGCAGUCUUUGGAGGCAAUGGAAUCAGUUGUCAAGGUUUCAAAGAAACAUCCUUUAUUUCAUAGUCGUUACAAUUAUAUUAAUUAUAUUUUAUUUGUUACCUGGUGAUAAUAAGAACGGAGUUUUGGACGAAAGCGAUUACAACAAUAUAGAGAUAGUGCAAGACACUUUGAAAUACGAGAAGGCAAUAGAAGACAUCGUAGUGGAUAACGUAAACCAAGAACGCAAAGAUGGCGGAGAGGUCAUAGAAGAACCUGAAUUCCAACCAGAGAUAAAUCAAGCGGACGACGAUCAAAUCGGGGAGCCUCCACAACCUAAACCGAACGCGCUUAAAUUCAGUGGUCCGCAAAAUAAUCGACAAAAAGCUAUAGUUGCGGCGUUUAAGCAUUCAUGGAACGGGUACAAAGAGUAUGCCUGGGGUCACGACAACGUUAAGCCCAUUUCCAGAAAAUACCAUGAAUGGUUUGGCUUGGGACUUACUAUAGUCGAUUCUCUAGAUACCAUGUAUAUGAUGGGUUUAAAUAAUGAAUUUUUAGAAGCCAAGGCAUGGGUCGAGAAAAGUUUGAUAUUCACUCUAAAUAGGGACGUGAAUUUAUUCGAAGUUACCAUUAGGGUAUUAGGAGGUUUAUUAUCGGCAUAUCAUUUAUCGGGUGAUAAGAUUUUUUUAAAUAAAGCUGCACAAUUAGGAGAUCGUCUGAUGCCGGCGUUUUCCACUACAUCGAAUGUUCCUUACUCCGAUGUAAAUCUUGGAACCAAUACUGCGCAUAGUCCUAAAUGGGGUCCCGAUAGCAGCACUAGCGAAGUCACUUCGAUUCAAUUAGAGUUUCGAGAUCUUAGUCGUAAUACAGGGGAACCGAAAUACGAGGAAGCGGUAGCGAAAGUGUCGGAGCAUGUUCAUCGUUUAGAGAAAUACGAUGGAUUGGUGCCCAUAUUCAUUAAUGCGAACACUGGACAGUUUCGAGAGUUUGCAACAAUCACGCUCGGUGCACGCGGCGACAGUUAUUACGAGUAUCUAUUGAAACAGUGGAUUCAAACGGGGAAAACUAUCAAUUAUCUGCGAGACGAUUAUUCGUUAGGUAUUUCUGGAACUCUGAAACACCUGGUAAAACAAACUGCGAGUAAAAAGUAUGUUUUCAUCGCGGAACUGGUUGGGGCGAACAAAGAAGUAAAACCAAAAAUGGAUCAUCUGACAUGUUAUUUAGGAGGUACUUUGGCUUUGGGAGUGCAUCACGGUUUACCUUCCGAGCAUAUGGAUCUUGCGAAUGAACUCGUUAAAACUUGCUACCAGACAUACGCGAUUCAACCGACAUUUCUAGCGCCAGAAAUUACUUACUUCAAUAUGCAGAAUGCCGAAGAAGAGAAAUCAAUGGACAUGUAUGUGAAAAUACACGACGCUCACAAUCUAUUGAGGCCGGAAUUCAUCGAAAGCCUGUUUUACAUGUGGUACUUUACUGGAAAUAAAACAUUUCAAGAUUGGGGAUGGCAAAUAUUUCAAGCUUUUGAGAAUUACACAAAAGUGGAGAAAGGCUACACCAGUAUCGGUAACGUGCGAAACAUUUUUAAUACUCGUCAGCAAGAUAUGACUGAAAGCUUCUGGUUCGCUGAAACUCUCAAGUACUUGUACUUGUUGUUCGAUGACACGAGGCAGUUGAUAGAUUUGGAGAAAUGGGUAUUCAAUUCCGAAGGACAUCCACUUCCCAUAUACGAAUCGUAAUUCGACGCGCACGCUCGGUAGAGUACUAACUGUAAGUAUUUUUCAAGGCCAGUCAAACGAUCCGAGGACAAACCAUUAGUCGGAUCGAAUUCGUCCGUUGGCACGAAUUUCGAAAGAUUUCUAAAGAUUUCUAAAGAUUUCUAAAGAUUUCUAAAGAUUUCUUGCAAAAUUUUUCUACAGCAUCAUGCUACACAAUGAAAAGCACACAGACCUUGUACAUUACCAAUUAUAACUAAUUAACCAUUUAUACAGACUUUUUUUUACUAAUUUCCCCGUUUAGAAGCGAACAUUUGAAAAAAUCGAGUGUAGAACAAUCUGUGGUAAAUAGGUUGAUAUUGUAGAUCCUAUUUAUGGAAAGUGUAUGAAAAUUGUUGAGUACAAUCUUGUAAAAUAGAAAAUACUCUGUUAUUUGUAGCCUAACCAAGACACCUACUCCCAUUCUUUUCUUCGUCUAUCUCCAUUUUCAAAUUGAACAUUACUCGAAGAGGGUAAAUCACUCGAAGCAUUUUCAAAGAUCCUAGUCAAAGCUAAACCAUGCUUUUAUUAAUAAAUACAGGAUAUUAUUGCAUUUCUCUCUCUCUCUCUCUCUUAUUAGAAUGUAGUUUUUAUUUAUUCUAUGUACAUUGCAAAUGAUAUUAUCGUGAAUUUUAUAGCGUCGGUGUAUUUAGGCAGGAGAUUAAGGAAACAUUCUUUAUGCUAUCUAAACGUAUUAAAUCGGAUAAAUGUCAUUUAAACGGAGUUUAAUCGAUAGGCAAAUGUAACGUGUACAAAAUAAUCGAUAGAACGUUUUUCUACUAUCACGACAGUGAACAAUUGUACAUCCUUUUCAUUGUUUUUAUUCUAUUUUAUUGUGUUGUAUUUUUAUGUAUUUU